AAGGCAUCCGGACCCCUCGGCACAAAGUCCAGCUGCCAUGAAGGAAAGCAGAUUAUUCCUGCUGCUCCUCUUUGUGGGACCCAUAUUUCUCGUCGUGUUCACCUUUUACAAAUGGGACAAGUCACAGGAAGAAAGAGAGGAGAUCCAUCGGAUGCAAGAACUGAGAAAGCAGCUGCUAAGAAGUCAGUGUGAUGGGGAUGUAGGAGAAUUUCCUGAGGGGAAGCGCAGUUUGGAAGACAUGAGUGACCAAGAGCUGAGUAAUCUCAUUGUGGAUGACAAACAUGGCAUCAUCUACUGUUACAUUCCCAAGGUGGCGUGUUCCAACUGGAAGAAGUUUUUCUUGGUCCUGAACCAGAGCAAUCCAAAUCUGGACCCCAUGUCCAUUUCCUCCGAGACAGCCCACAUCAACAUCCAGUUCAAUCUCCUAAACAGAUUCCCAAGAUCAGAGAUGAAGGAAAAGCUGAAUCACUACACAAAGUUCCUGUACGUCCGGGACCCAUUUGUUCGUCUCAUCUCCGCCUUCCGAAGCAAGUUCCAGAAGCCAGAUGAGCACUUCUAUAAAUUAUUUGGCCGGGACAUUCUUCGCAUGUAUGGCAACCAGUCUGAUCUGCCAAAGACAGUGGAAAAGGCGUUCGCAUCCGGUCUGCAUGUCUCAUUUUACAACUUUAUUCAGUACCUGGUGGACCCGCGGACAGAGCAGCCCUUUGAACCCCACUGGAGGCAGAUGCACAGACUGUGCCACCCCUGCCUCAUACGGUAUGAUUUUAUUGGCCACCUGGAGACUCUUCAACAGGAUACUGAACAGCUGCUGGAGAUGCUAAAUCUGGAGGUCAAAAUUAAGUUCCCCCCUUCCCAUGUAGACCUGACUUCCUCUGAUGCUUUGUCGGAAUGGUACAGCACAGUGCCCCUAGAGGACAGGAGGAAACUCUACACGCUCUAUGAAGAGGACUUCAGGCUUUUUGGCUUCAGAAAGCCUACUGAACUGCUUGAUGGUUGAGAUGAAAUCAUGAUUUGCAUUCUUUCCUACGCAGCGAGCGGCCAUAAACACCCCAAUAUUUAUUUAUGAGCAAAGGACGAUCAAGAUAAUUAUCUUACUGUCUGGCUUUCCCAAAUACAGGAAUUAUACGCACUGUUGUUACAUGUAUUUUUCUGCUAAUUAUUUCCAUUUCUAGCUGUUCUACACUACACCAUUAAAAUCUAGAGAAAGUCCACCUCAUAGUGAGAUUUGUCUUCUUCAACUCAUUUUACCCCUACUGAUUGUUGUUUGUUUCCACUCGUUUGUGAACAUAGUUGGCUAAAAGUAUCAAAUAAAUGAGAAACGGAUUAUUGUGUUAGUAAAAAAACUGAGAUCAGAGAUCAGCAGGCAGCAGCAAAUUGAGUGCUCUUUUGUCUUCCCUUUGAGUGAUUGGAGCAAAGAUGGAGACACACUCUUGGGGUGCGUCACAAGUCUCUUCAUUGCAUCGACGUUUCUUUUCCCUGCAUGGAAGCCAGGAGCAAGGAGAGAGGAAAACAAGGUAACAUGUUUUCAGAGGAAUAAGGCGUCCUUUCCUGUGAAGCGUCACGUGAAGCUACGUCUGUUUCUGAUGACGACGGCAGCCGAUCACAGCAGGAUCAGUCGUCUGUUGGCUUUAACACCUGUAGAGAGUUUGUGUCUGCACACAUGUGACUGAUACUACUAAAAGCACACAGUUAUCACUGUUUUCUAUCUGGAGCUUGUUACCUAUUUAACACCUGCACAUGAAUAACAACCUGCAUUCUGUAUUUCUACUGUGUAUAUCCUGCUUGGCACAGGAACCAUUUUUAAUGGCAGAAUGUGUUUGUAUUAUUUAUGUUUUAUUUGCAUCUGUAUUUAUUGAUAUUGUGAUUGUGACUCAGGAAUUAUUAGCCUCACAUUACUGAAUGGAAAUGAUGACAAAUUAUGUAAAAAGUGUUUCUUGCUGACAGACUCUCUCUGACUUACAUUGUAUCCAUAAUAAAAGUUAUGGGAGAAAUUAACAGAAGAAGGAAAAGACAAAUCUUUCUAACAAAUGAAGAAAGUAGUGUGUGGUCC